UUUACUUGUAUUUCUCUUCCUCGGUCCUGUCUUCUCCCUUCGACUCCGUCUUCCUUCUGCCUCCGAUCCUCCCUUUCUCUUCUCCGUUACUUCAGACGGGAGCAGGCGCUGAUGGAGAUCUCCGCGGUCGUGUCCGACGCUUUCUCGGCAGUCGCCACCCAAGGCCUCGGCCUAUCCGCCAAGCUCCUUCUUCCCCGCUACUCCCUCUCCCUCUCCGCCGUAGACUCCGGCGCUCCCCCUGCCGUGGUCAGAUCCGACCCCUUCCGCCCCGCCGCCGUCCCCCGAGCCUUCGUCCGCCGGACCAGGCGACGCACCCGACGGAGAUCCCUCACCGAGGGCGGCGGCGAGGACGACGGGUUCUCUGGCGACGGCGAUGGCGACGAUGGCCCCUUCGGCGGAGGAGGUGACGCUGGAGGCGGCGGAAAAGGCUGGAACUCGGGCGAUCAGGGGCCGGAUUGGGGCGGAUCCUCGCCGUCGUCGUCGGACCCGGCAUUCGAUUUCAUUUACGAGGUCAUGUGCUGGAUCGCCCUCUCCAACUGCGCCCACUUCGCUUUCAAGAAGAUGGGGCGGCUUCUGGCGACGAGGGGAAAGGUGUUUCCUUUGAGAUUGUUGCCGUCGGUGUGCUGAUCGGAGACCGGUAAUAACGAUGACAACCUCAUGGAUUAGGGUUUCCUCCUUUCACUCUUUCCAUUUUGAUGCAUAUAACAUGUACAUAGACAUUUCCUUUUCAUACGUUCACGUGCAUAUAUCACUACGCUUGCAACAUGUAUUAUUCCUAACAAGUUUAUCAACCAAAAGAAUGUUCUUUUCAA